AUGUCUCCCUAUCGCAUUGUAUAUGGGAAGGCGUGUCAUUUGCCAAUUGAGUUAGAUCACCGGGCCUAUUGGGUAAUCAAGAAAUUGAAUUUUGAUCUUAAGGCGGCGGGAGAGAAGCGCUUGUUACAAUUGAAUGAAUUGGAUGAAUUCCGAUUCUCGGCAUAUGUGAAUGCCAAGCUUUAUAAAGAGAAGAUCAAGCGGUGGCAUGAUGCCCACAUCUCUCCCAAGACCUUUGAAGUAGGAGCAUUUGUUUUUCUCUACAAUUCAAGAUUGAGGUUAUUUUCGGAGAUCAGGAUAGAGAAGUGUCAAGCUUGGAAAACUAAGCGGCAAAUUUUUGCAACAGAAGUUUUCCCAAAGGGCCUUCUCGAUCGAGAAGCACAAUUCUCAGGUGCUUCUCGAUUGAGAAGCUUCAUUAAAAUGCCACAUCAGCAUUUGAUUUUCUCAAGACUCUUAAAGUACUUCACAUGGGGUGAUGAGGUGGCGUCAUCUUAA